UCUCGCGUUCGCAAACCCUCCUCUGUCCCAAAAAGUACCCAAGAUCGAAAUCUCUUGGUUUCCCGCCUCUUGGAGAAUUUUGUCGAGAUGCCCGUCUGUUCCUAUUGCGAGGGGCGCGGUUUCGGAUCCUGCAAGGUGUCUCCCGGAGACUCUUCUCGUUGCAUCGAAUGUGUUCGUCUGGGUCGCUCCAAGUGCGACGUCAUGGGUCCUUCCCCUGAGGAGCUUCGCAAUAUCGCCACCCAACAUCGAAAGUUGGAGGACGAGAUUGAGAAGAGGGAGACCGAGCUUCUCCGUCUGCGUCAACAGAAGCGGAUGUGGUCCGAGAAGAUGAAACGUGCCCUGCGUCGUGGUAUUACUCGCGUGGAAGAAUUGGAUCGUGUGGAGGCUGAAGAGCGCGAGGCCGAGCGUCGUGCCGCGGAGGAGGAG